AUGUCUCGACCUGAUGAAGAAGAGCUCGUUGAUUACGAUGAGGCCGCCGAGGAGACCUUCGCCCCAGCUGCUACAACCGCUACCAAUGGUGAUAAAGCAGAUGGUGAUAAGAAAGGUUCUUAUGUCGGUAUCCACUCGACAGGUUUCAGAGAUUUCCUUCUAAAACCUGAAUUACUUCGAGCCAUCUCAGAUCUCGGUUUUGAACAUCCUUCCGAAGUUCAACAAGAAUGUAUCCCCCAAGCUAUCUUAGGUACUGAUGUAUUAUGUCAAGCUAAAUCCGGUAUGGGUAAGACCGCCGUAUUCGUACUCGCUUGUUUACAACAGAUCGAACCUGUCGAUGGAGAGGUAUCAAUCGUGAUCUUAUGUCACACUCGAGAAUUGGCCUAUCAAAUUCGAAAUGAAUUUGCGAGAUUCUCCAAGUUCAUGACCAACGUCCGAACCGGUGUGUUUUACGGUGGUACCCCCAUUUCUGCCGAUCAAGAGAUCUUAGCCUCAAAGGAGAAAUGUCCACACAUCGUCGUAGGAACUCCAGGUAGAACGAUGGCUUUGGUCAGGGAUAAGAAACUCAACGCGACAAAGGUCAAACACUUCGUAUUGGACGAAUGUGAUAAGAUGCUAGAAACACUUGAUAUGCGAAGAGAUGUUCAAGAGAUCUUCCGAGCUACUCCCCACCACAAACAAGUUAUGAUGUUCUCCGCCACCCUGUCUAAAGACAUCCGAACCACUUGUAAGAAGUUUAUGCAAAGUCCUCUGGAAAUCUAUGUCGAUGACGAGACCAAAUUGACCCUUCACGGUCUUCAGCAAUACUUCCUCAAGCUCGAGGAGAAGGAGAAGAACAGGAAACUCAACGACUUGCUCGAUAACCUCGAGUUUAACCAGGUCUGUAUCUUUGUCAAAUCUGUCGCCCGAGCCACUCAACUCGACGCGUUAUUGCAAGAAUGUAAUUUCCCUUCUAUCUGUAUCCACUCUGCUCUUCCUCAACAAGAACGUAUCUCACGAUUCCAGCAAUUCAAAGCUUUCGAGAAACGUAUCCUGGUAGCUACGGAUAUCUUCGGUCGAGGUAUCGAUGUUGAACGAGUCAACGUUGUCAUCAACUAUGAUGCUCCUGCUGAUGCUGACUCGUACCUCCAUCGAGUCGGUAGAGCAGGUCGAUUCGGUACCAAGGGUUUAGCCAUCACAUUCGUAUCUUCCGAUGGUGAUUCCGAAGUACUUCAAAAGAUUCAAGAGAGAUUCACCGUUGCCAUUCCUACUUUACCUGAGACUAUUGAUCCUGCCACUUAUAUGACUUCUUAA